AUGAAACAAGCUAUGGAGGACGGCGUCAGUGAGGUGCUGUCCUGCGUGGUGGAGGACGUCAGUCACGCCGUCAGCAGAAAUGUGGGCGGAGCUCAGCUGCUGCAUGAACUGCUGAGUUCACCGUGGCUUUGCGCUCUGCUGAAGGUUUAUGAGUGCCUUUUGCAGUUCGAGAGGUCGGCACCCCGACCGCUGCUGCCUUACGCCUCCGGACUCUCACACGAGAUCAUGUCCACUCUACAGAAGGUCCCUCGUCCCUCAGCUGAAGUCAGAGAGCUCUUCAGCCUCCUCAGCUCUCCUCACGUCCAGGCCCUCCUGUCGUCCCACGACAGUGUCGCCCAGUCAGACUACGGACCCGUCUUACCUCCUCUGCCCGACGAGAUGCCCGAGGACGAGGAGGCCAUGAGGAUCGUCUGUCUGGUGAAGAACAACCAGCCGUUGGGGGCGACGAUAAAGAGACACGAGGAGACGGGAGAGAUCUACAUCGCCAGGGUGAUUCACGGAGGACUGGCCGACCGUAGCGGACUGCUCCAUCCUGGUGAUCUGUUAGUGGAGGUCAAUGGAAACCCUGUGGCGGGUCUGGAGCCGGAGCAGGUCAUCCAGAUCCUGAUAAACUCUCAGGGGACGAUCCUGUUUAAAGUCAUUCCUGAUGCAGCUCAGAGCAGCAGCAGCCAGACGUCGGUAUGA